UAUCAUCAAUUAUAAACUAGUUUGCCAAAAAUAUGCUCAAAUUCUUGGCCAUUUUUAUUUAUUUGUGAAGGUGAAAAUUUAAUCACAACUGUGUGAAAAAUGAAAGAAGUUAGUGGACUUUCUACACCACCUGUUGCUGUGAUCAUUCACAGGAAAUGUUAAAAUUCAUCAAAUCCAAUAAAAAUCCAGAGGUAGACAAACACAUGAGGGAGCAGCCCAUCUUUUCUACCAAAGCCCAUGUGUUUCAGAUAGACCCAGAAACCAAAAAGAACUGGAUCCCUGCCAGUAAGAAUGCUGUCAGUGUCUCAUAUUAUUAUGAUUCUACAAGAAGUACAUACAGAAUUAUCAGUGUUGAUGGAUCUAAGGCAAUCAUCAACAGUACUAUCACACCUGGAAUGACCUUUACCAAAACAUCCCAGAAGUUUGGCCAGUGGUCAGAUCCAAGGGCAAAUACAGUCUAUGGACUUGGAUUUACAUCAGAAGCAGAUUUGGCAAAGUUUAUAGAGAAGUUCAAAGACAUCAAAGAUCUUACAAGACAACAGGUAGCUCAACAACAAGUACAACAACAGCCACCACCACCACAACAUAGUCCUCAAAUUAAUGGCAAUGUUGUAGAUGAGAAUCAUUCUGCUAGCCAGUCUUCCCCUGCGCUUCCUUCCCCAGGUGCACGGCAGGUCCUGCAUCAUCGCAGUUCUAGCCUCUCUGCUGUUCAGACUGAUAGCCCAGAAGAUCCAGCAGAAAGCCCUGAACUAUCAUCAGUCGAAGACAAAGGAUCUCAAGAUGGUUUAAACCUGAAAGAGAGAAGAAAUUCAUUUAAUACUCCGGGUUCUAAUUCUGGUAACAGUCCAGAAAGUCAGAUGAAAUAUGAAAAUGAUAGACUUAAACUUGCCUUAGCCCAAAGUUCAGCAAAUGCCAAGAAAUGGGAGAUAGAGCUACAGACACUGAAAAACAACAAUGCACGACUAACUGCAGCACUCCAAGAGAGUACAGCAAAUGUAGAGGAAUGGAAAAAACAACUAGCAGCUUACAAAGAUGAAAGUGCUAGAAUGAAGAAAAAGGUUGUAGAAAUGGAGAAACAACAGAACAACUCAGAACAGAUCGGAGCUUUACAGACAGAACUACAGCAACUUACAGAACGAUUAGAAAAAGUCCAGAUAGAAAGUCAAGAUAAAUCAGAUGAAAUUAAUCAGCUAACACGAAAAACAGAAGAACUUAGUGCCAAAGAGACCAAAAAUAAUAAUAUGCAAUCCAAAUUACAGAGUUUAGAAGAAGAAAAUAAAUUAUUAACUUUAAAAAUACAAGAUUUUCAAAGACAAUUACAAGAUUGUAAAACAAUUCGUGAUAAAGACACUUCAGAAGUGUUAACCCUUCAGGAACAACUCGGCAAUAAAGUAACAGAACUAUACGAACUCCAUGAACAAAUUGUCUCUGUAAUUCAAAAAGAGUCAAACAGCUGAUAAAACUGUUAUUUACUUAAUUGUACUUUGCAACGAAUAUCUCUAGCCAGGACCAAUACAUGGCAGCAGAAGACUGUUUCUAUGGAAACCAGAACAACAACAUGAGAACAGACUCUGAUUACUGAUAAUUGUGAUAUGUAAUAGUUAUAUAUAAUCAUUUGAAAAGCAAUAUAGUUUUAAUGUUUUGUAUUUUAUUAAUAAUAUUCAAGAUUAGAUCUGAUACUGUUAUACACACAUGUUGUGAGAUAUCAUUAUAUGAAAGCAAACAUAUAUUAUGCAAUUCAUUUCUCAUAAAUCUAUUAAAUUUUGAAUGCAUCCAAUUUUGAAACUAUAAAGUUUUACAAACUUUUUUCUGGUAUACAUUCAUAUCCAUAUUUUUUGCUUUGUAGUACUCUGCAUUGUCAUUUUUAUCAGAGUUUAUUUCAGAAGUUUCUUUAUAAUUACUUUAAGAUAAUACUGUGACAAAGGUUAACAAUAGGACUAUAUUGAUCUGUUAUAUAUGAGAUUAUUAUAUUUAGUUGCCAUAAGAUCAAAUGUUUUUGAUGUAUUGUAGCAGUAUUUACAAACAUUUGUUGACCUUAUACCAACAAUGAGCUAGGAUAACCUUUGUAAAGUUAUCUUAUUGUUAAGUUAGAUAUUUUUUUUAUUUGACUGCUUCAGUAUUUAAAUGAAAGCUUUGAGAAAGGGUUGCAGCUUCUGGCAUUUCACAAAGAGUUGUUUUAUAAUUGGUUGUGUAGUCUACAUUUUAUAUUAGUUUUAAGACAGCAGAGGUCGGCUUUUGAUUUCUGACUUAAUUUCUUUAAACAUUCACCAAAUUUUGUUAGUUCAACUUUGAUUUGACAGGAGUUCAAUUGUGUAAUGAAUGACAAUAGAAAUGUAGAAUUAACUUUAUUGAUAUAUGCUCAUAUCAUUACUACCUCUUAGUUUAUUGAAAGUGUAAAUAUAUAGAACCUUCACUGUUACUGUAAUGGAUUUCUAAGUUUCCAAAUUGUCCUAUGUUUUUCAUAGUACAGUAUCUAUAGUGGGACUAGAGUUCAUGUUUCAUUAAAAUUGAUAGUCAGCUUUACAUUGUAUAACUUUAAGACAGAUUUUGAAACAAUGUGAUGUAAUCUGCUUUAGCACCAGGAAGUAAUAAAUGAUUUGUCAACACCUCAGUUUAAGGUACUGGUAGUUCUUUGGUUGAAACUUUUCUCUAAAAAUAAGUAUGUUAACAUAUAUUUUUUAAGUAGAAUUUUGAAUUUCACAUUCUUUGCAAAACUUAAAAAAUCCAUUCCCAGUAAUCUAAAAUUAAGAACUUAGUUGAACAUUUAUAUUUUUAUAUACAACUCUCUUUGUUAUGUGCAGAAAACCAUAAAAAAGUCAGUUUAUGAAUGUGUAUUACUAAUAUUAGUUGUAAAAGUCUGUUGCUUGUUAUAAACUGUAUUCUUUCUUCUUUAUACAGAUUAUUUACUAUCACAGGAUGUUUUAUGAGAAAUUCUGAAAUGAAAUGAAUGUGUAAGCAACACUGUAAUGUAAAUUCUCAGGUUGCAGCUACACAUAUUUUGCACUGCCGUUUAGCAUAUUUAUGGAGUUCUGAUUCUUGCCAUUUAGUAAGUAUCCAAAUCAAAUUGUUUUGGUUCAAUAACGAUAUUAUUAACAGAAUGGACAGAAAGACAAACAAAUAUGUCCUCAAUAUCUCCUCAAUAUCUUUGUUGCUAAUAAGAACAAUUGUUAGUGUUAGCAUUAAAUGUACUUGUGCAGUAAUGUCUUGGAUCAAAUUGUGUGAAUGUCAUUUAAAUUGAAAUUUUAUAUUGGCCAGUAUAACUUUUUUUUAGUUAAAAAAAACAACUAGAAUUUAUAUUUUUUAGUGUCAUUAGUAAAACAGUUUCACCAUAUUGUGUAAUAUUAAUACUAUUAAAUUAAUUGCAGUCUGAGAUAUAAAAAGAUAUGACAGGUUUAGUGGAGGCAGCUAAAUUGAUUUUUUUAAUUCAAAAUAGGUCUGCCUGUGACAAAAAAUUUGGAAAGCUAAAUUUAGGUAUAAAAAUGUUUUCAGAGCAUAAAACCAAAAAUUCAAUACAUAGUAAGGACUUUGUUUUCAAACAAGAAAAUUGUUUCUUAAGCUGUAGUGAAGAAUUAUAUUGAGAUUUCUGUGCUUGAAAGUUUUAAAUGCUCUGAUUUUCUAUGCCUCUUUUGACCUGCUGUAUGUUUUUUUUGUGAAGAAUAAUGGUAGAUUUUUCUCAUUUUAUUGUAGUUUUUAAAAAAAGUUUAUUAACAGAGAGGUUCUAGCACAAAUUUAUGCAUUUAAGAUAAUAUUCAUAUAACUGUGUAAUAAGUUAAUUUUAGUGUUUUAGUCUUAAUUGCAGUUCAUAAAAUGUCUCAGUAAAUACCUAACUUUUCCUUUGUCUCAGUAAAUACCUAACUUUUUAUGUCUCUAUAAAUAUCUAACUUUUCUUUGUCUCAGUAAAUACUCAAAUUUUUCUUUGUCUCAGUAAAUACCUUACUUUUAUUUUCUCUCCCCUCCCCCCUUUUUGUUUUACAGUAUUGAACUAUCAGUGUUAUGAUGACAUAUUUUCAAAGUAUUUCUGAAAAAUAUUUCCUUGCUGAAAUUUGCUUGUUGUUUAUACAUUAUUUGUUGCUGAGAAGUUAACUUUUCAAAAUACUAUUUACAUGGAAAUAUUUGAUGGUGUUAGAAUAUAUAAUCGCUUACUCAAUAUCAAAAUAUUACCCAUUAUCUGACUGUACAGUUGGUAAGUUUGACCAUAUUCUUUUUAUACCAACAGAGGGCUUUUUGAAACUUUAGGAUUGUCAAAAUAGAUUUAUUGCGCUUGCACUGCUAAUAUUGAUGUCAUACAGUAAGUAAGCUUUAAACAUUGCUUACCAAUUGAACAUUAUGGUUUUAUAAAGAUUUUUCUUGCCCAAAAUAAAAAUGUGAAGCACUUGUAGACAAGAGUAAAAAGUGGAAGUUAUGAAAUAUGUGCAGAAAUAUUUACUUUUAUUAACUUCAUAGGAACUAGUAUUGAUCAUUUAAAUCUUCAACCAAAGCUUUUAAAACUGUUAAAGGGAUGUAACCAAGUUAAUUAAAAUUCAAUUGAAAAAUGACCAAAAUCUGACAGUUUUAUUAAAAUUUUGAUGCCAAAUCGUGGAUUUUUUUAUUUUGUUAUGUUUUCAAAGUAUAAACUAUCUUAAGGGCAUACCAUACAGUUUUGAUCCCAUGGUGAAUUUUUGCCGAAAGUUUGCAUACAAGUUAUUUUUCACCUAGUCAAUUCAGAUAUGUAAUAAAAAGAUAUACCUUCAUGUGCUACUUUUAGAAAUAAAUAGGGUCGAAAUUUUAGACAUUUAUUGGAAAUUUCGGUUUCUUUAACAUUUCUAUCCUUUAGAAAGACAUACCUAACUUUUUUGUUUUAAAAGAUAAACACAAGCAGAUUUUUGCAAAAGCAUCUGGAAUAUCUGCUCUAUAUAAGUGUGCUUUGAAUUUGUGAAACAAUUCUUUGGAAAUAAUUCAUUUUUAUCACAUUUUCAUGAUUUUAGUCAAAGAGCAACAUUUUUUGCUGUAUAUUUAUCUAAUUGAAAAAAAAUUUCAUCAGUGAUUUGUUCAUAAAAAUUGGUGCAAAUAAUCUUCAUACUUAAUCAAGCCAAAUGUCAUUUUUAAAAAGAGGGGUCCAUGAACUCGUUUUCAAGUUAAAUCAGUCUGAAUGAUAAAAAUCAGUCUAAAAUGCAUCUUUCCCCAAUAUAUCACAGUUUGACAUUUUAAGUUAAUGUCAUUACCUCCCCUGUAACUGUAUCAUAUGCCCUUAAUUUAACUACAUCAGUUAAGUUACAAGAUACAUUUGUUUAAAAUAAUAAAUCUGAAGGACUGACUUUAUCAAUAUGCUAGUAAAGAAUUUGUCAUACAGAGGCUGUCCAUUUAGAGAAUUCAAAGCUAUGAAGAUACAUGUAUGCACUUAUGUAUAUCUGGUUUAUUUUUGUUGACACUAAUUUUAAAUUAUUUAUUUAUACACAAGCAUUAUUAAUGUGUUACAUAUACCAUAUUUAUGAGUUUUACAUAUCCUUAGUUUACAUAUAUUAGACAAAAAUAUUCAGUCACUGUUUUUUGUUUCUUUAAAUGAAAUCUGUUCAAGCAUUAUUGUUUAAGCAUAUCAUUAUUACAUUAUAUUAAAUGCAUUAAAUUAAAAUU